AGCGGCAGAUGACAGAAGCUUGUUGCGCUUGGUUAUACUGCUAGUAGUCACAACUGCGAGCUAACUAUUUCCACAUCACGCGAAAACAGCUUUCUGGACUUCAGCUUUGGCGGCUAUCAUCCACUGAAAAUGUCGAAAAAACAAAUUUACUAUUCUGACAAGUACACCGACGAAGAGUUCGAGUACAGGCAUGUCGUGCUUCCAAAGCAGCUGUCGAAACUGGUGCCUUCCUCCCACCUGAUGACAGAGGAAGAGUGGAGGGGACUCGGGGUGCAACAAAGCCAGGGCUGGAUUCACUACAUGAUCCACAAACCAGAACCACACAUACUGCUUUUCAGAAGACCUCUCCCAAAGGAUUGAAUGGGAACCGUCUGUAAAAUGCCUGCUAUCGUCUUUGCUGAUUUGUAUUGUCUUGGGACCAUACAUCUCUCCUACAUACAUCUCUACAUAUAUUCUAAUGUAUAGAAAACCUUUAGUUGUGUUUUUUUUUUGUCUUUUCAAACUCCCUCAAUUUUUAGAGGUAAUGAGAGGCAAGUAGCUUGAUUCCACUGUGAAUGAUAAGUAUAUAAACAAUAUGAAGGUGAAAGUUUGCCUGUCAAUUGUACAUUUUAAUACAUUUUUUAAUGUCUUUGGAUGCCAUUUUGUUAUGAUUGAUUUGUCUGUACAUGCACAGGGAUGUGUUGUUUCUCAAGCCCAAGAUUUUUCCAAAAGAGCUUUCUGUGUUUGGACAUUUCGUGCUCCUGAAACUUUUGUUUGCAUUGUGUACAUAAUAUUAUUUCUAGAUAUUAUAAAUUUUGACAGUGAGUCAUGCUUGAUUCAACAAGUUCUUUGUUGCUGCAAGAACAAAAUAAAAUGUACUU